AUGACUAGAAUGUUGGAGAAGUUCAAAAGGUUAGGACCCUUGGAGUUUAUGGGCAUUGGAUCAAAUCCCCUUCAGCCUCCGACUUGGAUAAAGGAAAUGGAGAUGAUAUUUGAGCUACUUGAUAUCAUAGACCUACAGAAGGUGGCUUGUGCUACUUUUAUAUUGAGGGGUGAGGUAGCAUAUUGGUGGAAUUCUACCCACCGUACUCUUGAGGAAGGUCCACAACUAUUGACUUGGGCUAAAUUCAUAGGUGCCUUUUUGGACCAGUACUUUCCAAUUGAUUUGCGACAGAAGAAGGAAUGUGAGCUUCUUCAAUUGAAGCAGGGUUCUAACCCAUUAUCUGAGUAUGUUCAAAAAUUUCAGGAGCUUUCGAUAUUUGCUCCUCAUGUCAUGGAUAUAGAUGAAUGUAAGGCUCGACAGUUUGAGAGGGGGUUAAGUCCCCACAUCCAGGCUAGCAUUAUCAUUUUGAAAUUGCCUACCUACAAAGAUGUGCUCGAAUGGGAUAGGAUGUUUUCUGGGUGUGGUACAGGACCACCUCCUAUUGAGGAUAGAAGUCAUGGGAAACGUCCACAAGCUCCAUCUGAUGCUCGAUUUACUCCUUCCCUAAAACAACAGAGAUCUAGAGAUGACCAACAAGCUUCUAUGGUUGUUUGUCCCAAGUGUGGGAAGUCACACCGAGGUCAGCGCUUACUUGGGGUUAAUGUUUGUUUUAGAUGUGGAUUGUAUGGGCAUAUGGCUAGAGAUUGCAUGAAUCAGGGCAAUCAGGGUGGACAGCAGUGCCAGUCCAGCCAGUUCUACCAACCACGCUAG